CCAGCGCUGGGUUGCCUCUCAGGAUGACCUCUCCGCCUAGGAUGUGAAUGAAAAGCAUCGUGGCCGGGGGGUGGGGGGGGAAGCCACACGAGCACAACUGACAAGGCAGACCGAGCUGCUCCGGCUGGGCCUUUCCCUGCCUUUUCAGUCACAGCUGUGUUUGCUGCCAGGGUUUUACUUUUUGCCUUGAAAAAGGGGCUCUUUGGAUUAUUAGACCUCCAUGUAUGACAAUUUGUACCUGCAUGGAUUUGAAGACUCUGAGGCGGGAUCAGCAGAUUCAUAUACAAGCAGACCAUCAGAUUCUGAUGUAUCUCUGGAAGAGGACAGGGAAGCCAUCCGCCAAGAGAGAGAACAGCAGGCAGCUAUUCAGCUUGAAAGAGCAAAGUCCAAACCUGUAGCAUUUGCUGUGAAGACUAAUGUGAGCUACUGUGGAGCACUAGAUGAAGAUGUUCCUGUACCAAGCACUGCCAUUUCUUUUGAUGCUAAGGAUUUCCUGCACAUUAAAGAGAAAUAUAACAAUGACUGGUGGAUAGGAAGAUUAGUUAAAGAAGGCUGUGAAAUUGGCUUCAUCCCAAGCCCAUUAAGGUUGGAGAAUAUUCGGAUCCAGCAAGAACAGAAGAGAGGGCGUUUUCAUGGAGGGAAAUCAAGUGGGAAUUCUUCUUCAAGUCUUGGAGAAAUGGUGUCUGGUACAUUUCGAGCUACGCCCACUUCCACUGCAAAGCAAAAACAGAAAGUGACAGAACAUGUGCCUCCUUAUGAUGUUGUCCCAUCCAUGAGACCUGUUGUGCUAGUUGGCCCUUCCCUAAAAGGCUAUGAGGUGACAGACAUGAUGCAGAAAGCCCUGUUUGACUUCCUGAAGCACAGGUUUGACGGGAGGAUAUCAAUAACCAGAGUGACAGCUGACAUUUCUCUUGCCAAGAGAUCUGUUUUAAAUAAUCCAAGCAAAAGGGCAAUAAUUGAGCGAUCAAACACCAGGUCCAGUUUAGCGGAAGUACAAAGUGAGAUUGAACGAAUUUUUGAAUUGGCACGAUCUUUGCAAUUGGUUGUUCUAGAUGCAGAUACAAUCAACCACCCUGCACAACUUAUUAAGACAUCAUUAGCUCCAAUUAUUGUCCAUGUUAAAGUGUCUUCUCCAAAGGUUUUGCAGCGACUGAUCAAGUCAAGAGGAAAAUCACAGAGCAAACAUUUAAAUGUCCAGUUGGUUGCAGCAGAUAAACUUGCACAGUGUCCGCCAGAAAUGUUUGAUGUUAUUCUGGAUGAAAACCAACUUGAAGAUGCUUGUGAACACUUAGCAGAAUACCUUGAGGCCUACUGGCGUGCUACACACACUACCAGUAGCACACCCAUGACACCUUUGCUUGGAAGAAACCUAGGCUCCACUGCACUGUCCCCUUACCCUACUGCGAUCUCUGGAUUACAGAGCCAGCGUCUGAGGCAUAGCAACCAUUCUACUGAGAACUCUCCAAUUGAACGACGAAGUCUAAUGACCUUGGAUGAAAACUACCACAAUGAAAGGGCUCGGAAGAGCAGGAACCGCUUGUCUUCCAGUUCCCAACACAGCCGAGAUCACUACCCGCUUGUGGAAGAAGAGUACUCUGACUCGUAUCAAGACUCAUACAAACCUCAAAGAAACCGGGGGUCUCCUGGAGGAUAUAGCCAUGAUUCCCGACAGAGGCUUUGAAUACACGAACCUGGGGGAAAUGUUACUCAUUGGUUGGCCACCUGCUGUAACGUAGCUAAGCCAAACGAAGCAUCUUGAUGCUUACAGGCUGCUGCCAUUUCGUGCUCUAGAAGGGCAAAACAGAUAGAUCAAUAUUUCUCAACCUCAGGAAAUUUAAGAAUUUAAUAUAAGAAUUCUGGGAGUUGUAGUCCACCCAUCUUAAAGUUGCUGAGGGAGAGAAACACUGAGAUAGAUAAUGCCCUUUCCAUUUAGGAAGAAAUGAGUUUGCCCAAACACUUAGAUGUGUUUUCUUUCCCAUGUAAUUGUUUCAUUUCAAACUGUUACCUUUUCUCUCCGUUAGGUAUAAUUAGACACAUCAAUUUGUAACGUAGAAUACCUGUUGAAGCGCAUAUAUGAUAAUUUCCUGUUAUGGAAAUUCCAAAUGACCAGUUCCAGUUGGAACCAAUUUAUAAACCAAUUCCUGUUGGAAUUUGGGUGAAAUUGACUGGAAAGUCAACCUGAGCAUGUUGCAGUCAGUGGAAAAAAAAAGUUAAAUAAAAUGAAGAGAAAGUAAAUUACAAAAUCAUUAUAAGCAAAAAAUAUUUUAAAAAAAUCUCUAGUACUUGUUUACUGGAAGGCGAAUUUAUAUAUAGCUAUAGAUAUGGUUAGAAUAAAUAAUAUUAGUGUAUUUAUUUCAGACUACCAAAUAAAUGUAAGCAGUCAAUUGUGCCAAAAAUAACGAAUGAAUGGAAAAGCUCAAAUCCUUUCCAUUUUAAACAUCAGUGAAUUUUUUCUCCCCCGCUUAUAUAUUGCAGCAAACCUGUAUUGCAUUGAUAUUUUUUGCAUUUGCUAGAUCAUAGAAAACUAUUUCAGCAACUUGAAAUAAACUAGAGGUGAAGACAGGCAUGUUUUGAAACAUGGUGGAAAUGAAUGCACGUUGUAUAGCACAGAAGAAUUGGAGUUAUGCUCACUGAACCUGGAAGGUAUGAACAGUGCUCUUGGUGUGUACAACUUUAUGCAUGAAGGGUCUUCUGCAUGCUCCAAGUCUGUGAUGGUACACCCAGGGUGUUAAGAGACCUGUCCAUGCUUUCUCCUAGGUAUACGAGAACUAGGAGAGGGACAGCUUCUCUCCUUUUCCUUGUAUCAUAGCUCUGAAGAUGGGAUUACGGCUUUUGGCUUUGUCCUAACAGGAAAACUCCAGUUCAGCUAGAUGAUUUGCAGAAGUAUGAAAACAACCAUUAUUCUUUUCGGGCUGGUAAUGCUAAGCCUUAAUGAAUAAUCCGUAUCAGACACCAGGAUCAUAUCCAUCUAAUGUCCUGUUUUGUCAAAAAAAUACCGACCUUGCAAAGAGUUAAAAAGAUGUGUUCACACUAGGGUUUAAUCCUGUGCAUUAAAUUGAUUAAAAGCUGAAUGUGUUUCACAGGAAAAGAGCAGUGCCUUCUGGACUUGACGAGAAAGACAUCUCAGCCAGCCAAAGUACUACAGGAACAGUAUUGUAAUAAGGCAUCCCUAAAGUCUCAGUGCUUACUUUUUCAUGCACGUUCUGAACCAUGAUGAACUGUUCUCUUUAUCGUGUCAUAAAAUAAGGUGUACUAUUUUUCUAGUCUGAAAAUUAUCUCACAUACACCAAACAUCGUUAACCCCUUCCAUCAAAAGUAGUAUGCCAUGAUAAUUAUGAUUUGUUGGCCUUCCACCCUGAUCCUGAUCUCACAUGUGCUGCAGGCUUAUAUGGGGCUCAUGCUUCUGUGGGUCUCCUCCCUCACUACUGUGAAAAAGCAGCACUGAGCACACACAGCCCUUUGUAGGGAUAAGGGGUGUCCUCAUUGAAAAGAAUGGGGAAACUCAUACACACAGGAGCUCCAUAAAUAUAUCACUCUGGGAUGCUUUGGAGCUCCAUGGUCGGCAAGGGAAUGUCAGAUCUAGAAAAGUCAGAACGUAGGGUCACACACCAUAACAUACCCUGUACAUCUCAGAUUGUUCUCAAAAUGCAAGCAUGGUGUUUAUUUUCCACAAUGCUUUUAAUAAACUAAUAAUUACAAAGUGGCAGUAAGGAAUAGAGAGAGAGAGAGAACUUUCUGACCAAUGUUUUUAAUGAAUGAUUUUAACACUCAUAAUUGCAUUUCUGUAUAAGUAUGGCUGUAUGAGGAACAGAUGCCACCUUUAAAAAAAAGUAGAAAAAAUUAGCACCAAAGUACUAGAAAGAACAUACGAGAGAACUCUAAACAAAUUAUAAAUAGUGUUUAUUAAGUAAAGAGUUUGAUGCAAGGAAAAAGUACACAAAUAGCUAUAUUAAGAAGGGCUAUACCAAUAAUGUGGAAUGGAUUAAAGUUAUAUUUGUUUGACAAAGAUAAAGUAAUGUCCAUAUAAAUGAUAUGACUGACUGCUAGAAUAGAAUGAAUGAAAGAAUUGAAUAGGACAUUUCUGUACCUCUUCCCACUAAACUAUGGUUAAGGUAUUUUCAGAUGGUUAAAGAAUUGAAAUGUGGCAUAGGGUGGUGUUUACAUACUUUUUCCUCCAAAUGAGGAGUGCACACUACUCUCCAGAAAUAAAGAUACUUUAAAUAUAUACACAUCAUAAGGCACUCAGGUAACUGGAACAGAAAUAUUCAUAUUUAACCAUCAAAGCACAGAGCAUGAAGUUUGUCACAUAUUAGAGGCCUUCAUUUUAGCACAGAGAAUGCCAAAUCAUCCAUGAUAUUGAUCAUCUCUGAAGCUGUGUGCAGCUCUUCAAACUUUAGGAAAUGGAAAACUCGCGUAUGCAUUUCCCAUCGCAUGCUCGAUACUUGCAAAAUAGACACUUUUAUAUGUGACCAUCAAGUCUCAGGUCAUGAAUGUUACCUCAUAAUGGAGACCAGUACUCCAGCACAAAUCUGCUCAUCAGACAGACAGUUGGCUGUGGAGCGGCAUUGCCCUUUAGGUACUUGCAGUUCAGGGGGGAAGGAUUGUCAGAACCAGCAAGGAGCACCUAUCCAAGUUGGCCAGACAAAAGCUUCAUUUCCUGCUAUAUUAAUACACGCUCUGUAAGAACGAAUGCAAAAACAGGUUGUCGUAGAAUCACCUCUGUAACUGGCUGCUGCUGAAUGUGUAAUCUGGGUGGAAUAUUUGAUGGCACCGUUUGUAUCAGUCUGGAACCUCCUUGGUGGGCAGGGUAUCUUCAGAGCGCUAGCACUUUAAUGUAUGACCUGAACCUAUGUAUUAGUGGAAAUAUUUCCUAUAGUAUUGUAUCUGAAAUCAGACAUUUGAAGAACAGAAUUUAUCAGAAAAACCUGAUUCCUUAAAGACAUUUAGAGUAGUAUUUUUUUAUUUAGGGAAAUUAUAUUUAUGACCAUCUUAGGGUGUUACAUAAUAGAUGGAUUCUUCUAAUUCAGCUUGUAGUGUAUAUUUGUCCUGCCUCAAACACAGCAUUUUAUUGGAUGGGGGAAAUCUAGAUGAUGACUUCUUUCAUUUGUGACUCUCAUGUCUUCAUGCUUCUUUGUAAUUUUUUGUUACUACUCAGACACUCUGUUAAGGUAGCCCUUAGCUGCAAAAGUUCAGAGAACCACUAGAUGGCAAGAAAGAGGUUAGCUGCCAUCUGAUGUUUCUCUGACGUUUUUCCAGCCCCAGAGCUGAAAUUAAGGAGGAAAAGAGUUAAAAUACCUGUUUUCAGUGGCAGCUUUAGAGCUGUCCAUUUGGAAGCAGCCUAGAACACAAAGAAUGAGACAAGCCUUAAAGAACCUGCUCCAAGUAGGAAUUGGAGGAAUCCCCUUUACUUAGUAUAUGAAGCUUGGCUUUUAAUUUACAAUAUUCUUUGUCAUUUAAUUUACAAUAUUCUUCAUAUUCUAUUCUUCUUUUAGAGAAGUGUUACUGGUAAUGUCCAUUUUAAAAGGGCAAUUGAGGCAACAGCCCUAGGCCAUUUCCCCAGUAGCAAUUUAUGGCCCUUUAGAACAUCCGCUAGCCAUUGCUGAACUGAUGUAAAGCUGCCCUAAAAUUUGUAUCACCACAUUUCCAACUUGCUAUUGUAAAUAAUGGGCUGGCUGGGCAAUGUUUUUUGUUUUCCCUUGCAAUAAAAUACUACUGUUUAAGUAAUGAAAAUGAAAUAUGUAGAUAGCUGAAGUGGUUUGUUAAGGAAAGAGGCCUGCAUCUCUGCAGCAGUUGAGUAACUGCAUUGACAGCAAGGGGAAAUGAAUUGGAGCAACUUUGGUGGAAAGAUACGUUUGCCAGGGAUGUGGCUAUAGCUUUUGGAGAGAAACCUAGGUUCACUAUGUUUGGACUGCAGGCAAACUUAAUUUGCCUGGUCAAAACGAGCAGCAUUUUUUCCUUACUGUGUUUUUACUGCGAGGGGUAGACAGAAUUGCUUCUGUGGUUUUGCUACCAGACGUGCCAAAUUCCUCGGCUGAUUUUAGAUGCUGUGCAUCUUGACCUGGCUGGAUAGGGAGCCGCGUUUGGUGCCCUGCUUCAGGAAGCAGCACCUCCAGGCCCAUUCUAGGAGUCCCUCUUGCAUGAAGAGCAUGUACCCCAACACGUACAAGAGUCACUUAUAUAGUGAAAUGGGCGGCAUACAUAAAUUUGAAAAACAAAUAAAAAAUAAAAGUAUAACAAAUAGAAUACCCAGUAUGGCUGCGCAGCACUUUAGAUUCAAAGGUAAAAAGGGGCUUUGGCACACCUGGGGGUGGGCGGGUAGCAGCUCUCUGCAGCUCUCUGCAGCAGCAGCAGCAGCAGCAGCAGCAGCAGCAGCAGCAGCAGCAGCUUUUCCUGGGAUCACACAGCCGCCCUCUGCCCCACUAUUCCCCCAAAAAGCACAUGUACUUUCAAGAGUUGCAGACAGGUGCUCCGUGCCUGCUGUUCCUCCCCACACUUCGAAAGAGAGUUUUGCCUUCCAAUUGGAAGCACUACAGUGUACUAGAGAGCCAGUUUGGUGCAGUGGCGAAGGCACCAGGCUAGAAACGGAGAGACCAGGAGUUCUAGU